UCAUUACCUUUCGGCCCUCCGUAGAGAUCGGUAGUUAUUCAGUUUCUUGGAAGCUCCAGAUCAAGAUGUUCAAAAUUAUUAGUGAAGCAACCAGAGGUAUCUCGGCGAAGAACCUUGAAACCGCCGGGAAGUUGGUGCGGCCUUUCUCAUCAUCGUCUAAUAAGGACCGUGGUUUGACCGACUUCAGCGGUAAGAAAGACUGCCAGCAGAAGGCCUGUGGCGAGCGCUCCACCAAGAUGCCCCCCAAGGAAGGACCAAAAUCGAGCUGUGACAAGCCCGUUAGUCCGAAAACGUGGCGCACCUGUCCGGAACCUCCGAGUCCCAAGGAGUUUUCUUGUGCCGACACAAUUCAACAGAAGGUUCCCCAAAGGAAAAAACGACAGGUUGCCUCCAGACCGUCUUGUGCCAAGCCGGCGCCCAGCCUUGCGGCUCCGGACUGCGUGAAAGUAAAGAAAGAACUGUGCCCCCGUGCGAUGCUGCCCGGGUGUGGAAAGGCCAAGAUCCCACCUCGCUGUGAUCCGAAGAAAGUGGUUCGUGAUUGUGUCAAGCUACAUUCGCCGGUGGCUUCAUUCUCGGAUUGCUACAAAAACCCAUUCCCUCCGCAACCCCGUUCGGAGUGCACGUGUCUAACAACUAGGAAAAUCUGUUCUUCGAAUUCCCGUGCAGAAGCCUAAACGACCACCACUAAGUUGAGAUCCUUUUCUUCUGAACAAAUGAAAUACAAAUCCUCUAACGUAACGGAAAUCUAUUUUUGAUAUUAUUCCUUUAGGAACCCGAACUAUUCGAAUGUCAUUCCAGAGCGAGAAUUCCUUUUCAGUAUCAAUACCCAUAAUCUUAUCGAUAUUCCCCAAAUUGUAGAUGUAGUUUUUUAAGGUUUGUGUUAUCAGAGCUAUGAAGCGGAGCAGUAAGUUUUAGAUUUUUGUAAUGUACAAAUAGCGAAACAAAUUUGGAAUGUUGCAUUUUUGAUACAAUACAAAUUCGAUGUAAUGCAUGA